AUGUUGGAGCUGCACACCUUGGCAAUGGCCGUGCUCGUGGCACUGGCAGGCUUCGUGGCCGCUCAGUCGGGUCAAUGGGAUGAUCUGCUCGACGAUCUCGCCGGCACCUGGAGCACGGGUAGCGGCGCAGUACGCACUGGCCCCGGCUUCUGGAACCCGCGCACGCAGCAGUUCACCGUGCCGCGCUCGGCAGGCCGCUCCUACAGCUUCACCAAGGACGGCUUCUGGGAAGAAGCCAUCUUCCAAUGGUCCAACGAUCCUACGGACCCGCACUGUGUCACCGCAACGCUGCUCUGGCAGCACGGCAACUUUACGCUGCUACCCAACAACGGCACGCUGCGCAUGGACCCGUUCUGGGGCGACGGCUUCCAGAGCCAGUGGAUCGGCUGCGACACCACCGCGUCUGCCAACGACAACAACACGCUCGCACCCGUCGCCAGCUACAACCAAAUCGAGUUCUACCAGACACCCGCCAUCAGCGUUGAUGCGCACUACGGCGUGGCCAGCUGGAAGCUCGAGAUGGCCCAGCUCAGCGGCGAGCCACUCAACCCCAUGUGGAAGGUGCUCAACCCGCCCUCGAUGCUCCCCACUGACGUGCUCCACAUCAGGAGAUACGGCCUGGAGUGA